UUACAGUUGCGCGGAGCCAAGCGGGAGGCGGUCGUCGGUGUCGCUGGGGUUUCCUGUUUGUGGUCGGUAAGGCGGAGGGAGUGUGGCGGGAUCUCGCUGAAGACGUACUCCUUUGCGACGACGGGUGGCCGUGCUCUCCUUGUCCCGAGCCGUGAAGGAUGCCUGGGUCAGACCUGCUGGCGGUAGUUCUUUUGGGGGUGUGCCUUCUGCAGACUGCCGGUGCCCAGAACGCUGGGUUUGUGAAGUCGCCCAUGUCUGAGACAAAGCUCACGGGAGACACCUUUGAGCUGUACUGCGAUGUUGUCGGGAACCCCACGCCGGAGAUCCAGUGGUGGUAUGCCGAAGUCAACAGGGCCGACUCUUUCAAACAGCUUUGGGAUGGUGCCAGGAAGCGCCGGGUCUCCAUGAACACGGCGUAUGGUGCCAACGGAGUGAGUGUGCUCCGAAUUACCCGGCUCACCCUGGAGGACUCGGGGACAUACGAAUGCAGGGCAAGCAACGAUCCCCGGCGCAACGACCUUCGCCAGAACCCGGCCAUCACCUGGAUCCGAGCACAGGCCACCAUUACAGUACUACAGAAACCCCAGAUCAAUGGCACCCGAGAGGUGAUUCUCCAGACCAAUGACACCAGUCCAGUCACGCUUCAGUGCAACCUGACAGAUGACAACAGCUCCUUUUCUCAGAGCUACUGGAUGAAGAAUGGGGAAGAGAUUCCGGGUACUCGUCAAAACAACAAGAGCACAGAGUACAAGAUUUCCAAACCAAGAGCAGAUGAAUCAGGACAGUAUCAGUGUGUGUUCAGCUUUAGCAACCGGCCAUCCGCAAACCUCACCAUUGAGGUGAAAGCUGCCCCAGACAUCACUGGGCAUAAGCGGAGUGAGAACUUAAACGAAGGUCAAACAGCUCUGAUGUACUGUAAAUCUGUAGGUUACCCUCACCCCUCGUGGCAAUGGAAAAAAUUGAAUAAUGGCGCUCCCAUGGAAAUCCCGAACAUCACCGGACGCUGCUUCAUUGAAAGCAAAGACAACUACACAGAACUGAAGAUAAUAAAUCUACAGAUCGACGAGGACCCUGGAGUGUAUCAGUGCAAUGCUUUGAACAGUAUUGGUGAAAAGAGCAUGACGACCAUCCUCCGAGUGCGUAGCCACCUGGCCCCUCUCUGGCCCUUCCUCGGAGUGCUUGCUGAAAUCAUCAUUUUGGUCAUUAUCAUCGUGAUCUAUGAGAAGCGCAAGAAGCCAGAUGAGGUUCCUGACGAUGAUGAGCCAGCUGGACCAAUGAAAACCAACUCCACCAACAACCAUAAGGAUAAGAAUCUGCGCCAGAGGAACACCAAUUAGUGGGCUUUAGGCAUGGCACUUAAACGAAGGAUAAAAGAAUGCAAGCACAUCAUAGCACUGGAUUGUGAGGCACGCUUUCUAUCUAAAGAAACCAACAAAGAACAAACUAGCUGGCUUAUGAAUGCCUUACAUGGUCUCAAGUAAACCUGCAAGAAGUGCCGAUUCUUUUUGAUGACCUUAUGCAGGAUAUUAUGCUUUGUGUGCUUCUGUUAUUUCUGGGACACUAUUCUGUUUUAUUUGUAUAUUCUGACACUGCAUGCAAUACUAGCGCCUCCUGUACAAUGCGGAAAUAUGAUACUCCUCUUAUUUUCCAGUGGUUCUACAUCCAAAAGGAGAUUGUUUGUACUUAAUUUUAUUGAAACUUGAACUUGCAAGUCCUGAUCGCUGACCUCCAUUCAUAUAGGCAUCCAGCAGUACAUCCACACAGUGCUGGAGCUGCUCCUUUCCACUCAAGGGCUUGAUCUGUCUAGAAGUCUCUUGCAAAUAAAUUAAAGUGUAAAAUAAGAAUUUAAAUAAACUACAGUCUUCUGAGGAACACAAUGCAGCUGUUUAGUGCAUUUCUCUGUAUAUAGUUCUUUUUCAUAGCAGAUUUUGAAACAAUUGUCUGUUGUCUUGUCACAAUGAUGUGCUAAAAAUCUGGUCUCUGAUUCUUCUUGUAAAUUUGAUUUUAUAAUAUACAUUCCUUUUAUUUUGUCACAUUUCGUGUACUGUAUAGCAUGGCAAUAUCCUAUGCAAUAUUUACUAAUGAGUACUAUUUUUAAUCUUUUCCAAAUGUUCUUGUCUUGUUCUCAAUUUAAAGCUUUAAUGUUGUGAACUGCUGCCAUUGUAAAGCACUGCUAUUGAUGCAUGAACAUUCUGAUUCUUUGUGUGUUGCAGUGAAGUUGGGACCAGCGGGGGCUGGGCUCAGGCUGCUUUAUGCCACGUGGAACUAAUAAUUUUUGAAAAUAAAAAUCUCCACAGAAGUA